AUGUUGGACCUGCGAAGGCUAAUUACCCGCCGGAACGCCCUGAUGAUUCAGGUGCGUGGAGAGCUUUCAGUCGCAGACUCUGUCAAGGAGCGGAGUCUCUCCUUAAGUGAGGUUAGGGAUCGACUGAACCAGCUGAAGGAACUUGCUGCUAGCUUUCGGGAGACACAAGGAUCGAUCGAGGAUAAACAGGAGAACCCCGAUGCCAUCGCAUCCGUCCACAACGUACGCGAGGAGUUCUUCGGUAUGUUCUACCGUGCCAAGGACGUUUUCGAAGGCUACUUGGACGAAUUCGACGUGGGAUCAUCGAUUAGCCAGCGAACAGCGGUCGAAUCGAGCGACUGGAAAGAGGCAUUGCAUCUGCUCAUCGAGACGCAGCGGAAGCUGCUGCUGGAUCAAGCAAGGAACACGAAAACCGUCGAAAAUCUUGCACAGCUCUCGAAUAGUGCCCCUCUCGAUGGAAGUCAGAUGCCGAAUUCGUUACCGCAGCUCGCCGUUCGAUUGCCUGCCAUCAACAUUCAACCGUUUAGUGGUGAACGUAAACAGUGGAUGACGUUUAAGGAUAUUUACGUUUCAACGAUCCACAACCGAGCCGACAUUUCGGAUGCGCUGAAGAUGCAGUAUCUUUUUUCGUACCUCGAGGGAGAUGCCAAGAGAUUAGUCAGCAAAUUUGCUAUCCCAGGCGCAAAUUAUCAAAAUGCGUGGGGCACCUUGAUUGCCCACUUCGACAAGAAGCGCUACACCGUAUUUUCGUUGGUUCAUGAGUUCCUGGCUCAAUCUCCGGUAACCCAAGCUACUCCACAGUCACUAGGCAGGCUGGUAACAACGUCCGACGAGAUCAUCCAACAGUUGGACGCGUUGGGAAACGACUUUACCGGCCGGGAUUCGUGGCUGAUUCAUCUUAUCCUGGAGAAACUGAACAAGGAGACGCGAGCAAGCUGGUCACAGGAAGUUGUCGACACCGAAAAUCCCACCUUCGAAGAUUUGUUGGAGUUCCUCAAGAAGCGUUGUGAGGUGCUGGAAACGUGUUCGGCAUUUUCGAAGAAACCAGUGAAUGAACCGAAGAAAGAAGCGGCCAAGCCGGUAGCAGAGAAGCUGAAGAUGCUGCAUACAACAGUGGACAAAAAGUGCGCGAAGUGCUCUAGUGAGCACAAUACGUAUCAGUGCGAAGACUUUAAAAAUAUGAGUGUGAAGGACAGGCGAGAAUUAGUGCAAAAGGCCAAACUCUGUUUUAACUGCCUACGACCCUCACAUUCUGUGAAAUCGUGCUCGUCGAAAACGGUAUGCCGCAAUAGUGAGUGUAAACAGCGCCACCACACGCUGCUGUGUCCGAUGGUGAAGAAGCCUGAUCAAGUGGUGGCGAAGAAACAGGAAGAAGAUCAGUCGCCGGAAGUACCUGCAAAGGAAGAAGGUGUCGUCGUUGCGUUGACAGCCGGAAUGGAACAAGGCGACAAGAAAUCCAUUUCGUUGUUACCUACGGCGGUAGUGAAAGUGCAGCAGGCGGAUGGUGGAUUCAGUUCGGCAAGGGUGCUGAUCGAUGCUGGGUCGCAGGCAUCACUACCCAACUAACAUUUUCAGCGCUAUAAGCUUCAGUCAUUUGAUUUCUGUUGUGUAACCAUCGAAUAAAAGCAGUCAACGCCUAGGUCAACGCUGAAUAAAAGGAAAGCUAGUCAAAUAUAAAUCAUAAGCUAAUACACGACUGCAAAACAAGCACCAUACAGCUACCAAACUCGGUUUUCAGAAAUCCAUUGCUUGUCACUGCGGCUGCCUUUACUCCACCCUAUUCCAACUCCGGGAAAUUUCCCGGAAGAUGUAAAAACUUGAACACAUCGAAUAGGAGUCCCCACUAACAAAACAGCUGCUACUAUACAGUACAAUUCAUUAUACUGACAAAUCCCCAAACCAGCAGCGCUUUAAAGGCCGUUAUACGAUUUCAUUACGGCUAGAAACUGUAAUAAAGAAACUGUUGGUUUACCAACACGGCUUGUCGGAUAUAAACAUUAUUGUCAAAACAAACUUUAAGCGGGAUAUAUAGCUACUACACAAAUUCUUUACAGCUAUCCAUGUAUGUGCUGUGAAAUUAUUUGGGUUGCUUUUAUUGCACUUUAAUUCAAUGCCGGAAGAUUUGCCGGAAGAUGUGCAAAUCGAGUAAGAGUCCCAUCCACUACAACAGCUGCUUUUAUACAGUAUGUUUUGUAAUGUUGCCAAAAUACAAAACAGCAGCGCUUCGUAGCCGUUUAAAGAACACUCUUUCAGCUAGAAGCUGUGAAGAAGAAUCUGUUGGCGCAACCACACAGCUUGUUCAAUGUAAACAUUAUUGCGUUUGACGUUUCACAAGCUUUUACAGCAAGAUGAAGUUGGGUAAGGUUUCUUGUGGCACAAUUAUGAAGCCUUGUCUGGAGUAAAACAAAACGGGCUAUUUUCUAUGUUAUUUAUAUAUAGAAGUGUGGCAGCGAGGACAUCAUCGGGACCAGUGGAUACGGAGAUCGGGAGUUCGAUUCCAAGUAGCGGCAAGUACUUUAAUUAUUCAAUUUUAAAAGUGAUAAUUCCAGUUCCACAUGUAUUGCGUCACGGUAUCCAUAACCUAAUUAUAUUUAAUCGUUUAGUUUGGGGAUGCCGUAAAACUAUUAUUUAACAACUGCGAAAAGGCUGAAAAAGCGCCUUCUCAAGAUGUUAUUCAGUUAGUGGUUACAUAGGAGCCGAGAAAAGAGCUAUGACUAGGUGGCAUAGAAGCUGAUCGCACAGCAUGUACAAGCUGAUUAAGUUCGCCAGAUUCAUUGGUAUAGGGCUUGCAUAGAAGCUUCCAUCCAUAUGUACAACACAGUAACUCAGCAUCAAGCCGUAUUAAGGACGCUUUGUUGACGUUUACAUUCACAAUAAAUGUUAGUUGGGAAGCGCCUGUAGUC